AUGGGCAAGGAAAACUGCACUGCCGUGACAGAGUUCAUUCUCCUGGGAUUGUCAGACGCCCCUGAGCUGCGAGCUUUCCUCCUACUGAUUUUCCUCUUCAUCUAUGGAGUCACAGUUUUGGCCAACCUGGGUAUGACGGCACUCAUCCAAGUUAGCUCCCGGCUUCAUACUCCCAUGUACUUUUUCCUCAGUCACUUAUCCUUUGUAGAUUUCUGCUACUCCUCAGUCAUUGUGCCCAAGAUGUUGGCUGAUAUUCUCAACAAGGACAAAUCUAUAUCCUUCCUGGGGUGCAUGACGCAAUUCUACUUGUUUUGCACAUGUGUGGUCACUGAGAUCUUCCUGCUGGCAGUGAUGGCCUACGACCGCUUUGUGGCCAUCUGUAACCCUCUGCUGUACACUGUCACCAUGUCUCGCAGGCUCUGUGUGGAGCUGGUCUCCUGCUGCUACCUUUGUGGGACAGUGUGCUCUCUCAUCCACUUGUGCUCAGCUCUGGAGAUCCCGUCCUACACAUCAAAUGUGAUCAACCACUUCUUCUGCGAUCUGCCCCCUCUCCUGAGCCUUGCUUGCUCAGAUGUCACUGUGAAUGAGGUGCUGCUGUUCACUGUGGCCGCCUUCAAUGAGAUCUUCGCCAUCGUGAUCAUUCUCACUUCCUACUUGUUUAUUCUGGUCACCAUCCUGAGGAUUCGCUCUGCAGAGGGCAGGCGCAAGGCAUUUUCCACCUGUGCUUCCCACCUCACGGCCAUCGUGGUCUUCCAUGGAACGAUCCUCUCCAUUUACUGCAGGCCCAGCUCUGGUGACAGUGGGGAUGCUGACAAAGUGGCCACGGUGUUCUACACUGUAGUGAUUCCCAUGCUGAACCCCCUGAUCUACAGCCUGAGGAACAAGGAUGUGAAGGAAGCUCUCAGAAAAGUGGUAGGCUCCAAGAUGCAUUCCUAG